AUGUCCGGCAUCUUCGAAAGUUUCAAUCUCUACUCGCACGCCGAAAAAUUCUAUCUCGAGCCAACAGAACUUGGAGGCGGUGCAAGUUCUACCACCUAUUUAGAAAUCGAUAGACACACAAGUUCUAUGAGAGUAAAUGACUCCAGAGCUCAAAGAAUUCCCAUAAUCGACUCGGACAUCAAAUUCAUUUAUGGUGUAUUAGGAACAAUUAAGCUAGUAGCAGGAAAUGCUUUGAUUGUAAUAACAAAAGCAAAAAUUGUUGGACAAAUUGGAAAUCAUAAUAUUUGGACGAUUCUAGACACCGAGAUUAUACCAUUCAAGAAAACAACUUUGCAUUUAACUGAAAGACAAGCGAGAUAUAAUCGGAGAUUUAUUGAGAUGCUUGGAAGUGUCCUAAACUUUGGCGGAUUUUUUUACUCAACAACUUUUGAUAUUAGUAGAACUCAACAAUUUCUUCAACAAAACCAAGGUUCAGCAGCUUUUCAAACUUCUUCAAUGAUGGAUAGAGCUAGCGAUAGAUUUAUUUGGAAUGGUUAUUUGCUAACUCAGAUUAGAUCUGUUUCCGGAGCUGAGAAGUUUACUCUUCCAAUUAUUCAUGGUUUCUUUGGACAGACAAAAUUGCAAAUUAAUGGGAGCUCGAUAAAGCUCACAAUUAUUUCAAGAAGAAGUAUUUAUCGCGCAGGAGUUCGAUUUUAUAAAAGAGGAGUUGAUAACGAUGGUCAUGCUGCGAACUUUGUAGAAACUGAGCAGAUCCUUGAAUUUGAUGCGGAAGAAAAACAUACGACUUCAUUUGUUCAACUUCGUGGAAGUAUUCCUUUACUCUGGUCUCAAAAACCAAAUCUUCGUUGGCAACCGACGCCGCAAAUGCGCCCCACUGAUGAUCAAUUGGCAGCUUUUAAUCGAAGUUUUGCGUGGCAUCAGAAACAUUAUGGGGGAAAACAUGUGAUUGUGAAUUUGGUGAAUCAGAAGGGAAGAGAAAAGAAGAUUGGUGGAGAGUUGGAGAGAAUUGCACAGCAGGCGAAUAUUGAUUUUGUGAGGUUUGGAUUUAUUGAUUUUGGACUGGAAAAUUGGAAAAUUUGGCCUAGGUUAAAUUAGAGUUUUUUGGUUUAAAAGAUUUUGAAAGUUAAAGGCGUCCAAGAAUUUCAAAUAAGAAAAUUUCUCGCUGAAAAUCCAUGGCCUAGAAAUUCCCCAAAAAUAUAUUUUCUUAUCCAGAUAUCAUCAAUUCGAUUUCCACAAAGAAUGUCACGCAAUGCAAUGGAAUCGUCUCUCGAUUCUCAAAGAUCAACUCGCCGACGAAAUCCAAGCUUUCGGAUUUUUCUACUCGUGUCCAUCGCAAGUUCAACCAACGCGAUAUCAACAAGGAUUUUUCCGCACCAAUUGUAUGGAUUGUCUAGAUAGGUAUGUACAUAGAUCAUGUUUUAAUGGGACACUCUUAUUGUUAGAGGAACUUUUGAAUAUCAGCCCAUUUUUCAAUGUCCUGGCUGUCCACAACAUUUUCCAUAUUGCAGAACAAAUGUAGUUCAAUCAAUGUUGGCUCGAGAAUCUCUAACCGAUCAAUUGCGAAUGUUCGGAAUUCUUGGACAACAUCAAAGUGUUGAAAAUGUUGAUCAGUUGGAAAUUGUUUUCAAACAUUGUGAGUUUUUUCUGAAAUUUAAUUGAAAAAACGUUUUUAAACGACACUACACCUUUACCCACCUGGAUUCUUUAUUUUCGAACUAAACUGUUGGUGUGAACGUGGAGUCUUGUUGUUCUUGGGUCAAAAUAUUAACGACUCUAAUUUUUGAAAGGUAUUAAUAAUAUGAAAUCUUCAUAACUCCGGAGAAAUUAUAAUUUCUUUUGUUUUCAAAUAAAAAUUCCUGGAAAAUUUUCAAAAAAGCAUCAAACACCAGCAGAAUUUUUAUCUGUUUUUAGAAAAUUCCCAAGUUUUUCUUCCUAAUUUUUAUCAGAAAUUUUAACCAAAAAAAAAAAGAACCCAGAAAUCAUCCUAAAUUUAAUUUCAGUAUGGGCUGACAAUGGUGACGAAUGUUCUCGCCAAUAUGCUGGCACCGGUGCCCUCAAAUCCGAUUUCACUCGCCUCGGAAAACGGACAUAUUUGGGAGCGAUGAACGACGGUGUAAACGCGGUGUCUCGUUAUAUGCGAAACAAUUUCGGCGACGGAUAUCGACAAGAUUCUAUUGAUCUUUUCCUGGGAAAUUUUGUGAUUAACACAUCGGAUUUGCCGCCAACACUUGAAACUUCGAUUUUUUCGACCGAUCAAAAUGGAUUAGCAUUGGUUGCUGCGCUUUUUGCAAUGUCGAUGACGAUUUUAUGUAUGCUUGUAGCUGGUUAGUCAAUUUAAGAAGGGGUUUGAAAAAAAUUUUGUGGGAGAUUCGAAUUUUUCAUGGAAAAUUAAGCAAAAAUCGUGUAAAUUUUGAAACUUUUUAUUAAAGUCGAAUCAUCUAUCUUAAAAAUUGGCUCACAAUCAGAAUUAUUUAGAAAAAAUGUUAAAGUCUGCAAUUUUCCCGUUCUCCAAAAGCCUAAAUAAUUCCAAAUAUUUGCAGACAACUUCACCGCCACAAUUUUCUGGCUCAUCAUCUUUUUCGUCUGCGUCUCGUUCAUUUUCCUGAAUGGCGAAGAGUUUGUGAAUACGCCAAAAUUGAAAAUCGACUGA